AUGGCCUAUGCUCGAAGGACACGCGCCCUCCGCGUCGUGGCCCUAAGCCGCGGCCGGCGGACCCGCAGCGGCCCGGAGAUGGCCUCCCGUGCGGCCUUGUGCCGCAGAAGGCGGCCUCCGCGCCGUGGCCCCUUCGCCUGUGGCCUCGCGCCACGGCCAGCAGCCACUGUGGCGGUCUUGUGCCGACGGCCGGCGGACUCGUCUUUGGGUCCUGCGGCUGGGCACGCACGCCGCCUCGCGCCUGUGGCCGGCGGCCUCUGCGCCUGCAGCGGCCGGGGGGCUAACACAGUUCGCAUGCCGAUACCACUUCAGCCUUACAUAGGUGCUCAAAGGCAACAGCCAGGUCUUUCACUAAACUUGGAUGGCAUUGUGAGGGCUCCUUUACAUCAACUGCCAAGCUUCAGCAUCCUAGGGCCAUCGCCAAAUGAGUUGUCUGUUCCAGGCGGCAUUCCUCUGCCAACCUGCAGAAUUGCACUUCUCAAUCUCCUUGCACUCUUGAAGCAACCUUGGUAUCAGCAGGGAAGUAUCGCUGGUCUGCCAGGACAUGGACAUCAACAGCCAAGUUUCAGCAUCCCAGGACCAUGGCCGAAUGAGUUGUCUACUCCAGGCGGCAUACCUCUACCGAUCUGCAGAACAGCAUUUCCCAAUCUCCUUGCACUCUUGAAGCAACCUUGGUAUCAGCAGAGAAGUAUGGCUGGUCUGCCAGGACAUGAUGUCUUUUCUUACUUCGAACACCAAAGGUGUCUGCAGAGGGAGUGUGAAGUGCUGAGGAAAGCUAUGAUGCCUGGAGCAGCUGGCUUGAGCUAUUCUUCUGCCUUCUUGGAAGAACGACACCAGGUCUCUGUUCAAAGGCCCCAAAUGUGUCUGCAGAGCGAGUGUGAAGUGCAGAGGAAAGUUAUGAUGCCUGGAGGAGCCGGCUUGAGCUAUUCUUCUGCCUUCUUGGAAGAACGACACCGGGAUUCUAUUCAGAGGCACGGAAGGUGGCUGCAGGGGGGUGUCUGA